AUGGUGGAUUACAAGUAUCAAAUGAUUCUCAACAGAAGUGCAUACAUCAAAGCAACUGAAAAAGAAGAAGAGCUUCCAUUAGACAAUGUUUAUCAGUUGACUCCAUUUGCACAGUUUCCGGAUUUCAUGGGCUCAUCAGAAGAUAGAGUUGAUGUAUUAUGCAGUGUUAUACAUUUUCAUCCAGUGCAUUUUGUUGCAACAAAAGGGAAAAAUGUGAUGGAAUUCGUCAUUGUAAAUCAAGAGAUCAACACGAACAAUGAAUACAUAGAGGCGGUUAUCUCCCAAAAGUUAUAUGAAAAAGUGCAUGAGACAAUAACGGCACCAAGUGACUCCCAUGUUCGAAAAAUUGGCCAAGUGAUAAGUUCCAGUAACCCGCCAAGGUCAUUUUGGAUAAAAGCAAAGCCAAAGAUUGUUGACAGAGAUCAACGCAUGCUACAAUUUCAAAUACAACUCUCUGAUAAAACUGGCACUCUCAACGCUUCCAUAGAAGGAAAUGAAGCUGAGAAACUCCUCACCAUAUCAGCUGAAGAAUUGGCUAAAUACAACAACCAGAACAAACAUCUAGACAUUGACAAAAUCAACAACAACCUUGAAAAUUCAGACCGAAUGUUCCACCUGAGAUCAACCAUCAAGAUUCAACAAGAAACACCAUCAAGAUACACUGUCACCACGUAUCUUCCGUCAUCUACAUCAUCCUCAACAGCAGUAGAAUCCAGUGACAAAGAAACUUCUUCAAACUCUCCGAAAACACCAACCACAGACGUUGAAAUGACUGACGAAGAAACAAGCACAUCCAACCAGCCAGAAAUACAGACUCUACCUGUGAAAAGAAAUCUUUCAUCAACGGCAAAACAAACGCAGAGAUCCACAAAACAUGCAAAACAAGAUUAA